AUGCUGCUACCCAUUCUUACUAUAGCUCUCUUAGCAUCGCUAGUCUCCGUAAGAGGUUCUUCUGUGCAAAUGAACCUUCAGAUGAACGCUGGAUGCGGCUUUCAUCUCACGACAACUGGAGGAUACAAUGGAUCGGUGGGACAGUUGGGCAAUGGCCAAGUAAGAGCCGGGAGCGACUUGUCGCCGUCGUUGUUCACCUGGUUUGGGGAUGCUUUCGCUGACCAGCAGGGGAGAGGUUGCUGGUGGACUCCACCCACCUCUGUCCUCCAAUGCGACUGGAAUGAGCAGCCGGCCCACGGUUUCGCAAUCGGGUGCUACGGCGGCGUAUCGUACAGAGACCAAUCCGAGUUCUACGAAUGUCACACCGGCGACGGCGACGAGGUCAACUUAUAUCUGCAGCCGAGGGGAGUUAACUGCUUGACGGUUAUGAUACAUGCUGACAGCUGUCGACCUCCGUGCGCCGGUGAAAACUCUUCAUCGCCGCCUUUUCCAACACCAACGCCAUUCGGAACUCCAACCGGGAAUGGGCCCUCAGAGACAACGUCCCCCACGACAUCUCCCCCCUCACCGACAAGUACUCACCCACCAGGCGAAUGCGACGUAGUCGUCGCCCAAGGCCCCGACGAAAUCAUCCUAAUCGACAGGGGCAACCCCGACACAGCGUACGGCCCGAACCCAGACAUGAUCGUGCAGCUCUCGCCCAACGCAUCAUCGAUCUUCGUCUUCCGCUUCUCGUCCUCGGACGCGGGCAAGGAAUGCGCCAUCGUAUUCGACCUGCCCGCCUCUUCCUCCUCCCCGCAGCAACAACCGCUCCCCUACCGACUUACGGGAUCCGGACCAGUCAGCUUCGCGGUGCUGGACGGGCCGACGACGGAGUCGGGGAAUACGACGUGGAACGAAGCGCCGGGCGUCGCGAUGCCGUUGCAGUCUGUGGCGCUUAGACCGGGGAUUAGCGUUGAGCCCAUGAACUUCCCGUGUCCUGGGGCUGAUGCGGAGGUUGCGGUGCUGAUGACGGAUGGUCCGGGCUCGGACGCGUGUUUGGAGUAUGAGCAGUCGGAGCCGGGCCCGGAGGGGGGGAUGGUUGGGCUUUAUCUUGUUAAGUGCUAG